GAUCAUUCCGCCGUUUGUCCGACGGCAACGCUCCGUGUUAGUCUAACGAAUCCUUCUCCGAACCCGAAGAUCACGUCCAAAUUUUAUAAGAUUUUCUAUUCCUCCCUAAUUUAAUUACUAAUUAGCGUUAUUGGGUCCCACUGUUUUAUCCACGUGGCAGCUAUUCCCGCAAUCCCCGGACUACCCUCCCCUUGCCCCGGCGAAGGAAGAGAAACGGAGAUUUUUUAGCUAAACGACUGCCGGAGUUAUGGCUGUCGCUCCCGCCGUCACGAAUCUCCGGCUUCUCCACAUUUCAAGCUCGGCUGUCGUUCCGAAACAGUGUCCAGCUCCUUCCUCGGUUCAAUUAGUUGGUCGGAGUUCGAGUAGUCGGCGGUUCAAGCCGCCUUUGCGAGCGGCGCUGCAGACUUCUGUUGUUCUUCGAGAGGAAGGAGAAUCAGGCGGCGGCGCGGCGACUCUCCGGGAGCUCUGCCGAGGACACGUGCCGGACCACGUGCUGAGCAGGGCGGAAGGGAUUGGAUAUGUUAUGCCGACGGAUGUGCAGAGCCAAGCUCUGCCUGUUCUGCUUAGUGGGCGGGACUGUGUUAUUCAUGCUCAGACAGGCUCUGGGAAGACGCUGGCUUACUUGCUGCUGGUAUUCUCAGCUGUGAAAGCUCAGAGAUCUGCUGUGCAGGCACUGAUUGUGGUGCCUACCCGGGAGCUAGGAAUGCAAGUUACAAAAGUGGCUCGAAUGUUGGCUUCAAAAGCUGCGGACAAUGACUUGGAGGAGAAGUCGUCAUGCACUGUCAUGGCUCUUUUAGAUGGAGGGAUGCUGAGAAGACAUAAGAGUUGGUUAAAGGCGGAACCACCUUCUAUUGUGGUAGCAACAAUAGCGAGUUUGUGUCAAAUGCUUGACAAGCAGAUAUUUAAGCUCGAUGCGCUGGAGGUUCUGGUUAUAGAUGAGGUAGAUUUCUUGUUCAACUCUUCGAAGCAAGUCAGUUCCCUUAAAAAGAUUUUAACCUCAUAUUCAUCGAGCAGCAAACGCCAAACUGUUUUUGCAAGUGCAUCCAUCCCACAGCACAAACGAUUUGUUUAUGACUGCAUACAACAGAAGUGGACCAAGAGAGAUGUGGUCCAUGUGCAUGUCAAUGCGAUUAAGCCGUUGCCAUCCUGCUUGCAACACAAAUUCGUGGUAUGCACUAAAAAGCUGAAACAUGCGGUUCUGCUAUCCUUGUUACAUUCUGAUGCUCCCAAGUCGGCAAUUGUUUUUGUUGGUGAACAGGCUGGGAAUGGUCCAUCAACUGUACUUCUAGUUGAUUUCUUGAAAACUUCUUAUAGAGGUAGCUCAGAUGUCCUGCUUUUGGAGGAGGACAUGAAUUUCAAUUCUCGGGCAGCUUCACUUUCGGAAUUGAGAGAAGGGGAAGGUUAUCUUCUUGUAGCAACAGAUAUAGCUGCAAGAGGAGUGGAUUUGCCUGAAACAACUCAUAUCUACAACUUUGAUCUACCAAGAACUGCAGUUGACUACCUUCAUCGAGCUGGAAGAACAGGCUAUGUAAGGAGAAUUGAAAGACACAAAACCUUUAGAUGGACAUUAGCAGUGAUUCGAGAUCGGAUGCCGACUACACUGUGGUCAAUGUGGCAGUCUGUCAAGAAGCUUCCAGGGGAGAUGAUUGAAUCGAAGAUCUGCCACAAAAGCAAUUGUGAGUUUCUCCUUGAUGUGUAAAUGGGCUUGGCAGCAUCAUAGAAACUAAACCUUGGUGGCUGCAAGCGUGAGAACGUAUGAGAAAAUUCUCCUUUUCAGGAGACGAGAAGAAAAGUAACUACAAGAAAUGAAAAUUCACUCUUACAUGCUCUGUAAGAGCGAGAUUUUCCUCGAAGAAUGAUCUAACAGUUCCAAUGUCUUCCCAGUAAUCAUUGAACAGUGAAAGUAGAGGCAUAGACCAAAAAGCCUUCACCUUUACAUGGUACUCGCUUGCCGAAGCUGGGAUUAUUUCAGAUCCAAAGUCAUUAGCUGUUGGGAAUCGCCAUCUGAUCCAAACAUCGCAGUGAACUUUCAAUUAGUUCUGAAAGGAAGCCACAAUCCCUCAGUUUCGUGGGGAAGUCGGGAUACCAAGUGGGUACCUGAGAAGAUUGAGAAGUAUCUCUUUCUUGAAGAGGCAAUGCAAGAGAGAAGCUAAGGGUGAAAGACUCACCAUUGCCUUGAGCUCAUCCCCUCUAGGCUUUUCACUAAAGGAGAGGACACUUCCUUUGUUGUCUAUCUUCAUUAGACCAAAGUCUGAAGCCCCUGCCCGUCUAUCACGAAAAAGGCACAAAGAGAAGGUCCCAGAAGUUCAUUGAUUAACAAACCAUAAUAUGCUUUGAUGACAAAAACUAGUGGUCAUUUGCCAAGAUUGAUUCUUCACAUACUUGUCAUCUAUGGGCAGAGAAGAAAUGGUGAUGUCUGCUCCACUCUGCCUAUGAUUCUAUAAUCAUGAAGAUCAAUGAUCCACUAAGGGGAACUGAAAACACCCUUAAACUCUUUGCAGGGACUUCUGCUUCUGAAAUGUAGCUUGAUGGGGGGUACCUGAACAAAGGCCAUGUAGUCCAUACGAUACAGAUGAUCUCCUGACAGUAUCAGCACAUCCUCAAUCUCCUUACUCCUUGCGUCCUAUUUCAUCAACAAAAAAAAAAUCAACAUUUUGGGUUUCAGUUGUGCUGGAAAUUGAAGGCAGAAGCUUGUUGAGCUUCAUUGUGCUAUUGCUCAGUUGAACUUACCUCGAACAACCAAUGGAACUGCCGAAUAGCAUCUGCAGUGCCUUGAAACCACUGCUUUCCUGUCUCCCCUGGCGUUUGAGUUGCAGCCAGAGCCUGUCAAGAUAGUUCUUUCCGAGUGAGAGUUUCUGAUCUCUCAAACUCUCAUUUCGCUGAUUAAUGAUUAUGUACCUCGACGUAGCCAUCUCCAAAGUUGGUUCCACUACCAAAGUUGUAACUUGUAAGCUCGUACAAGAUGCCUGUUUAGCAAAGCUGAGUUGUACUGAGUGAGAAUGUAGACCUUGUUG